AUGAUGAUGGUGGUUACUUUGCAAUUGCUUCCAGCCUUGUUGCUACUGCUAACAAAAGUGUCAGCUCAGCCACCAGGUGGAGGAGGAGGUGGAAGACCAGGUGGUAGACCUCGCAUUCAAUGUUCCUUAACAACGCCGUUUACGGGCAAUCGUUCCGAUACGCCUCGUGCGGCUCCAUUGCGUGGGAAUGUAGGAUGCGUGGAUCUGGCGGCUCAUGCGUUGCGUCAAUUGCCCAUUCGAGGCGAUCAAGAGGGCGUCAAUAUCUACGGACCCAUGGAAGCGGGCUUUGGCAGUGGCAAUCCUCGCAUGGCCUGUUUAGGCGACGUGGAAGUACCCGGCGGCAUUGACACGAAUUUGGCCGAACACAUGGUGCACUAUAUUUGUCGCGACAGUGGAGUGGAAAUUCAAGUACUGGAUGCCUGUGGCGGCCACGCCAUGCCCUAUCAUUAUCACGAACGCAUGAGUUGUCUCUUCACAGCCGAUCCUGUGACGCUGCAUAGUACGCGCAUUGGCACAGCCGGCGAUGGCAAUGGCAUUUAUGGGAAGCAUGUAGAUGGGGGCGUCGAACCGGAUGAUUUGGAUGCUUGUGGAGGACGAUUUGGAGUCACGCCCGAUUCCAAUGGGCAAGUCGUAUACUACUAUUCCAUUACAUCUGCGGCACCUUUUUCCGUGGGAUGUUAUGGACCCGUCAAUAGUGUACAAGAAUGUAGAGACAUGUAUCCGGAAACCUGUGGAGGUGGUACUAUUGAGACGGUCACCACCAUUUAUGGAACCGGUCUAUACACGUUGGAUUGUCCUUGUUUUGACAAGAAUCAGAGCAAUGUCAUUGGACAAGGACGGCCGGGGUAUUUGGAGCCUCUAGAAGACGUUACCACAAACAACAGCAAUUCAUCCAAUUACAAUUUUACUACUACCAUGGAUGACGAAGAAAAUGAAGUUGCCGUCGCAAAGAAGGCCCAAACUGACACGGAAAGGGAACAAAUACCGUCAGAAGUCAUGUCCAGUGCUGCUGUCGGUACGAGUUUCACUGGAAUCUGGGUCACCAUCUUCUUCUCAAGUGGUGCUUUUAUGGGGAUUUUAAUACUACUUCAAUAA